AUGUUUCUACCAGAAAAGAACUCUCAUCUAAAAUAUUCUAAAGAAACUUAUUGUUUAUGUGGAAUGAUUUUACUUGUUAUCAUUAUAAAUGUGAUGGGGAUACCACAAAAUGACACCCUUGUGUCAUUACCUGCUAACUCAUCGGUAUUACAUCUAAUCAAUGCAUCGUUCAAAAAUGAAUUAAUUAAUAAACACUUAGCAACUUAUUCACGGAUGUAUGAUAAUGCACCACGUUAUUGUAAUACAACAAGAUCAUUAAAUAAAGAACAAGAACAAGUUUUUUCUAGAAUAUCAAAACUACUUGCAAUACUUCGUGAACAAGUUGUACCUUAUUCAAACGAAUAUUUUCAUGGUCGAGGUAUUGUUCUGAGUGUUGGAUCAGGUCAAUUGGCACUUGCAAAAGUCAAUUUAAAAAUGAUUGAACAUAGUGGUACUCAAUUAAAUGUUCAAGUAAAUAUAAUUAUAUUUAGAUAUACAUCAAAAUGAAUUUUUCUGUAUUAAACAAUGAUGAAAGAAGUGACAAGAGACUGAACCAUUGCUCUAGAGUUAUGUUGAGAAGCGUUGCACUAUUAUUGUCAAUCGACUCAUCUGUUUACAAUACUUCCCUAAGAGUAUAAAUUUCAACCCAACAAUUCAAUCUGAUAAAAAAAAAGAUGAACAUAUUUCUAACUCAGCUCUUUAUUUUUUACAGUUAAUGUAGAUUUUUCGAAAGAAAAUUUUGAUUAGAAAUUUCAAGUCGAAACCUUCUCUCUCCUGUUUCCUACUUAUGUGUGGAACAACAUCAAAUAUCAGCAAUUAUUCAAUAACUUCUCCUAAUAACCAACGAUCUCAGAAAUCAUAGUCAUUAUUCAUAAAGUAAAUUUCGCUAGUGUCUGAAACCAAAGAUCAAUAAUUUCAAUACGACUUUUCAAUACUAAUAACGAAAGUGAAAGUGAAGGACUGAUUUAACUAUCAAGUUCAGUUUCAAUCUUCAGUGCUAUUGAAAAAGAAAGGAAAAUCAGUAUACACUGCAUGUAUUUCUAUUGAAACAGCAGCGAAAACUAUCUUUGACGGUAUUUCAGCCGACAAACAUCAUGAUAUUUGAGCUGACUCUGUACAAAAAGAGGAAAGAAUUAUUGACCAUUUUUCUUUAUAUGAAUUUCUAUUGGAUGGUCAAAUAUGUGGAACGAAGUAAAACUGGUUGCACAACAAAGACGUCACAGGUAGGCAUGACCCAAACCCAAACUCAUUAGACCAAACACACCAAAUCCAAACAUUUUGGGUUUGCGUCAUGCCUAGCCACAGGGCAAGACAGAACAGAAAACUGUUUGCCCUUUAAAUCCAAUGCUACUCGAUUUUUAAAAAGCAAUUUUUAAUUGAUUAAAUUUUAGCUAUAGCUUCAAAUUGAUUAGAACUCUAAUCAAAUUCAUUUUCUUAUGCAUAGCUCAAGAAGUAUCCAUAUCUUAUAACUUGUUUGUUCGAAAAGAAAGAAAAACUUCAGUAGACUAAUAGCAGAUCAUGGAUUUUCUUGAAUGCUUUUUCGAAAAUUCUGUAAAUUUAUAAAGUGUGCCACCAAAUGUUUUUGCUAAUUUGAAUCACUUUUCCUCUAGCAAAAUGUUUCUCCAAGUAAUAAUUCUGAUGUUUCGACACAUGAUCAUUGAAAGUGUCAAUGUAAAUAUCAGAGAAAUUCUUCAAAAAUUCCUACUGUUUUUAGAUGUGUACCAGAAAAAUUGGCUCGCAGUAGAAGACCAUUCUUUUUUGUACAAAAAAAACGAUCUGAAUUUCAGUAAUAGAAGUUCAUUUACUUUUUAUUCGGUUGGAGUAGAGGUGUUAAUGGAUCCUUUCCUAUAAAAUAAAUAUUAAUACAAUCUCUGUGCUUAUAGAAUAUAUGGAAGUAAAUUCUUUAUCUUCUAUAAUGAUAAAUCUUUUGUUUUGGCAAAAUAAAUAUAAAGAGAUAAGUAAACGUUUGUUGUUAAAAAACAAAGUUAAAUAAAAAUCAUUAUUUCUAUAAUAAAAAAUAUAGAUGUAUGGCUAACUCAUAGAAAUAAAGAAUAAAGAGAGAUUUAUUGUUAUAAUAGUUAAAUAGACAAAUACUUAACAUAAUAGGAGAAUACAUAGGCAGCCGAGCCUGUAGGCUCGGUGAGGCUUAAGCCUCACCUGAUUUUGGCUUCUGUAGGCCCACCCACACCGAAAUUUUGAAUUUGAAGUUUAAUCGUUUCUAUAUGGCUUCAAAUUUUUCUGUAAAUAAAAUUUUACUUUACUAUGAAAAUUAAUAUCCAGUAGGGGAUUUUUCGUGAAGCCCCCCCCCCCGCCCCCUUUGGUCAUUAUUUCAAGAAAAAGAAAUUCUUUUUGUUUCUCCCGGACGUUCAGAAGGAGGUGAAAAAUCCGAUUUUUACCUGGACGUGUCUGCGAAAUUUUUAGCCCCCCCUCCCCUCUCCCCCACUCCCUAAAAGCAUCGACAACCGUGGAGCUGAGCCUCG